GAGAGAAGCAGCAUCAUUAAUGUUUUGUGUAGCAGAGGUGGGGCGUGCAAUCCAUCUGCUUUAAGGCAGAUAGAAGAGAUAAUCAAAGAAUCCUGAGGUUUUCCACUUUAAUUGGACCAUUAUUAGGAAAAGUGGAGGAAGUUUAUCAAGUUUUUAACAGAAGGUCUUUUGGCUGAUGAAGCAUGGUGGAGUACUAGCCCUCCAGCUAACUGAUUUACUGGAAGUAUUGAACAAACGCGGCUGCCUAGACGAUUGUUUAAGGUCCUGCUCUAAAUGUCUUCAGCCUGGGAAGAGCCACCCAGUACCCUCUCUGAUUGGACUGGGUAGUUUGUCUUGACGCACCACUGUGCUGAGUGCUGGAGGACGUGUUUCAACAGAUGGUUGGGGUUAGUGUGUGUCAUCACAUUGGAGAACGGAUUAGAGGAGGAAGGUUGUCUUCCAGGAGCAGUGUGGUCCCCACAAACUGAGGAGCUCUGAAGAGCGAACAACCCACAGCAAGAGAGAUCAACCCUAUGAGCAAGACUGACAUCCAGAGCCCAACAUGCAAGCCACUGGAGAGCCGUACCAUCCAAAUGAAGUGGUUCUGUGGUUUUCCUGUUCGGUUGCCAUGGUGUGAUCGAUGUGGCAGUGAAGAAAUUAGACAUAGAUCAAGGAUUACGUUGUGAGGAUUCCAGCCUUCUGAUUCGUGUUCGCACAGUCCCAUGAUGCAGCUGGUGAGCCUGGCCUGGAUGAUGGUCCUGGCCGCCCCACUGGUCUGCUUUGGUUUCACCACCCGUGGUCAGGGACUGCGUGGGCGGGUUCAAGGUGACCGACGGAACAUCAGACCCAACAUCAUACUCAUCAUGACAGAUGACCAGGAUGUGGAGUUGGGCUCGCUGCAGGUGAUGAACAAAACUCGCAAGAUCAUGGAGGACGGUGGGACCUCUUUUACAAAUGCGUUUGUAACUACGCCCAUGUGCUGUCCAUCACGUUCUUCCAUGUUGACUGGGAAGUAUGUCCAUAACCACAACACGUAUACCAACAACGAGAACUGUUCCUCGCCUUCUUGGCAAGUCCAGCAUGAGCCACGCUCUUUUGCCGUUUAUCUCAACAACACUGGAUACCGAACAGCUUUCUUCGGGAAGUACCUUAAUGAGUACAACGGCAGCUACAUCCCACCUGGGUGGCGCGAAUGGGUGGGACUGAUCAAAAAUUCCCGUUUUUAUAAUUACACCGUCUGUCGGAAUGGGAACAAGGAGAAGCACGGAGCAGAUUAUGCCAAGGAUUACUUCACUGAUUUGAUCACCAACGACAGCAUCAACUACUUCCGAAUGUCCAAGCGCAUGUACCCGCAUCGGCCGGUGAUGAUGGUGAUCAGUCAUGCAGCGCCUCACGGCCCGGAGGAUUCAGCUCCUCAGUACUCCGAGCUCUUCCCAAACGCUUCCCAGCACAUAACUCCCAGCUAUAACUACGCUCCAAACAUGGACAAGCACUGGAUCAUGCAGUACACCGGCCCGAUGAAGCCCAUUCACAUGGAGUUCACCAACUACCUGCACAGGAAGAGGCUCCAGACGCUGAUGUCUGUAGAUGAUUCUGUGGAAAAGAUAUAUAAUGUGCUGGUGGAUACCGGGGAGCUGGAGAAUACAUAUAUCAUUUACACAGCUGAUCAUGGUUACCACAUUGGCCAGUUUGGCCUGGUCAAGGGGAAGUCUAUGCCCUAUGAUUUUGACAUCAGAGUGCCAUUUUUUGUCAGAGGGCCUAAUGUGGAACAAGGGGCAAGGAACAAUCAUCUUGUGCUAAACAUUGAUCUCGCACCCACAAUCCUGGACAUAGCUGGACUGGACACUCCACCUGAUAUGGACGGCAAAUCAAUCCUGAAGCUUCUGGAGCAGGAAAAAACUGGGAAUAGAUUCAAACCCAACCGGAAACCCAAAGUCUGGAGGGACACAUUCCUCGUGGAGCGGGGCAAAAUCCUGCGCAAGAAAGAUGAGUCAACAGGCAACUUGAACACACAACACACUAACAGCUUACCCAAAUACAAGAAGGUGAAGGAGGUGUGCCAGCAGGCAGAGUAUCAGACACCCUGCGAGCAACCAGGACAGAAAUGGCACUGUGUGGAGGAGGUCAGCGGGAAGUGGCGUUUGCAGAAGUGUAAGGGCUCUCUGAAGGAAGGAUCCAAGAAGAGGGCGAGGAGUCUGCGCUCUCGAAGCUACGAAAGCCGCGAGAAAGACUGCCACUGUGGAGACCGGCCUUACAAAACGGCCAAGGCAGCGCGGCGGGCACAGAGACAGUUCUCUCAGAGCAGUAAUCCACGCUUCAGACCCCGCUUUGUUCACACACGGCCGGCCAGAUCCCUGUCGGUGGAGUUUGAGGGUGAAAUCUAUGAUGUGGACCUGCAGGCUGAUGACAAAACUCCCCUUGAGCCUCGACAAAUCAGCAAACGGCAACGUGAGCCCGAGGGAGCUUUUGAUUCAGACUUUGGCUUAGAGUCCGAUGACGGGUCGGAGGAGAUGCAGUCGGAUGACACUAAUGCUGUGGGAUACCCCAAUUCUCUUAAGGUCACACACAAGUGUUUCAUAUUAAUGAACGACACUGUGCGCUGUGAAAGAGAGAUUUACCAGUCCUCCAGAGCAUGGAAAGACCACAAGAACUUUGUGGACCAAGAGAUUGAACUUCUCCAGGAUAAAAUGAAGAAACUGCGUGAGGUUAGAGGCCAUUUAAAAAGGAGGAGACCGGAUGAGUGUGACUGUGGAAAGAAGAGCUACUUUAGCAAAGAGAGACAGCAGAAAAACAAACCCGAAAGAUUGAAGAAUAGGAAUGACCAUCUCCAUCCCUUUAAAGAGGCCAUGCAGGAAGUGGACAGCAAAACUCAACUCUACAACGAGAUCCGCCGCAAGAAGAAAGAACGGAAGGAGAGGAAGAGGCAAAAGAAGGGUGAUGACUGCAGUCUUCCUGGCCUCACUUGCUUCACGCAUAAUAAUGACCACUGGCAGACCGCCCCCUUCUGGAACUUGGGUGGCUUCUGUGCCUGCACAAGCUCUAACAACAACACAUACUGGUGCCUGAGAACUAUAAAUGAAACUCACAACACACUCUUCUGUGAAUUUGCCACUGGUUUCCUGGAGUACUUUGAUCUAAACAGUGACCCAUAUCAGUUAACCAACGCAGUUUAUACAGUGGAGAGGGACGUUUUAAGCCAACUGCAUUUACAGCUGAUGGAAAUGAGGAGCUGUCAGGGCCACAAGCAGUGCAACCCGAGGCCAAAAGGCUUAGAUUCAGAACACAACCAGCCUGGGACGUCCACAAAAGUUAAGCUGCCCAAUUUCACAGAGGACAUCGACUGGCGAGGACUGGCAGAUUUGUACAGCGUAAACGAGAGUCUGUACGAACACAGACCCUACUACAGUCCCGACCUGGAUGACUGGAUGAACUUUUGGAAGGAUGUAGAUAGUAUGUUUGCACUGCUGAGAAAUGUAAAGACACUCAACCAAACCGAUAAGCUUGACCCCCUGGCUGAGCUGGGCUCCGGGGUCCCAGAGGAGGCCAGCGGUGCUGGAUUCCCAAUUCGAGAGGAACAGCCCCCUAUUCCUGUCACCGAAGGUCCCUCGAGAGGUUCGACCCCCAAAACUCUUCAAAAGAGCCAUUUAAAGUCUCUUAAUGAACUCCCAGAAGGCCACCCAACUAAACCGAGCACGCUUCCCAGGGGAGACACCUGGGUUCAACAGCUGGAAAACGAGUUGGACAAUGACGGCAUGACGUUUAGCGGCAACGGCGUCACUGAACUGGAGACCCGCCAUGACUUUCUGCUGCGCAGCUCGAAAAUUCUUGAUCUCCCCCUGCAGGAAGAGGAGGAGGACAUUUUUCAGGCCCAGGGUUACCUUCCCCUCUCUUCGCAGCCAGCCAGACCCCCAGAGCCCGCUGGAGAAACUCCUCCAGCCCCGAGUGACACCCCACAGGAAAAGUGGAAUGGAAGUGUCAAAACCAUUACCCACAAGCCCAGGGACGUUCAUGACUCGGAGGGUAGCGCCUCGGGACCACCCCCUUUGAGAAAGGACUGCUGCCAUGCACUGUGAAGCCAGCAAACUCAGAGACACUAACCCCAUGGAGCAUGGACUGCUCUCCUGUAUAAUCCAAUGAAUUAUUACUUUUUACAGGUGCUUCCAUUUAUUAGAAAUCAGUGUUAUGUAUUUUGUAAAAAAAAAUUAUAUAUAUAUAUAAAUAUAAAAAUGUAGAGGUAAAGUAUCGGAUGCAUCUUAAAUGUUGGGUUUGGUUUUAAAUCUCAAGUGGGAAAACACCAUUAAAGUAAGGUUUUAAUAUAUUUUUAAUUAAGAAACAGGUUAAAAUGGUGAAACGGUCACACUGCGUAUUUUACGAGGUGGCUAAUUAGUUCAAAUUCACACAACCUCACUCAUAUAAAUACACAUGAUUUUUGCUAAAUCAUACUGCAUUUACAAUUCAGAUGAAUUAGUAUGAAUUUCCUUCACCUAAACCUACCUGUCAAAUGUGUAACUCUCUGAGUGAGGUCUAUCAGCUUUGUAAAAUACGUUCGAAUUGGUCGUGAAAUAGCGUUGAUUAACCACGUGCAGAUUGUUUCCCCAGAUAUUUGAUGCACUUUUUUCAUGUUUCUCGACUUCUGCAGUCUCUUUAGACGUAAACAACAACAUGCUGACACCCAACAGGCAUUUUUUGUUGGAUUAGCGUCUGUUAAUGAGUAUCCUUGGUGUUUUCUUCUAUGUUUACUUCAGCUUGUUAGGUUCGGUUCACUGUUUACACUUUAAAACACUGCUUGAACAUGUUUUAUACACUUGGAUUUUGGGUUCAAUGGUUUGACUUGGUUGAUGAAAAAGUUCUCACAAAUGUUGUACAGUUCGGCUGCAUUCAGUCCAUAUAAUGUAAGAAGGGCAUUCACCACAAGUGCUUUAAUCAUGGAUGACUCUAACGUUUUUACACUAAUGUACAAAAAGUAAUUACUUUUAGGUAGCUUGUUUCAUUUGUGAAGAAUGUGAGAUGGGCAUUUAUUCAGAGUUUUCUGGCCAUUUUUCGUCCUGUCUUUUUAGAAUUGCGAUGUCUAAAUUCAUUUUUGAAGUAAAAAUUGUUUGAAUAUGAGAUGACCUGCCAAAUCGACAAAUAUUGCAUUACUUUUUAACCAGUGGUGUUGAAACAAUUCUGGCUUCUGGAAAGCCAAGAAGCUGUUUUGAAAUAAAAAUCUGCCAAACAUUUGUUUCACCUAC